AUGUCACAGGAACUUUUGGGUACCAAAGUACUUGCAGUAUUCAAUUUUGGUGCUAAUAUUAAACUUUUUGUUGGUGGUACUCAGGUAUUUGUUUCUAAUAUUCAAUUUGUUGAAAAUAUUCAUUCGAAUAUUAUGGAUGAUUGUGAAUGUUUGUUAUUGGAUUCAAAUAAUCAACCUUCUUCUUGUACACAACCCAGUAAUUCUUCUAUUUCUAUAUCAACUGAUUCAUCAAUUGAACAUUAUACAAAAGGAUCAAUAAUGCUUGCUUUAAUAAUUCUACAAUAUCGAAUAAAAAAAAUUAAUGUAUGCUUAUUGAAUAAAUUGAUUGAUUUUCUUAAACCCUGGGAAUAUGUUAUAAAACGAAUUCAAUCAUCAAAAACACCAUCAAUACAUAUAGUUGCUCCUAGUAUUUGUAUUAUUAGUUCUUCACUGGAAACUAAAUCUGGUGAUUCAAAACAAGAUAAAGACUAG